AUAACUGGAGCUGAGCAGCAAAGGCUGCGUUCAACACCUAAACGUGAACUUCAGCAUUUAAACUUUUACAUUUAGAUUUAAUAUUUACAUAUAUUUUUAAACAUUUUAAUUGAACAUUUAGUGAAAAUUUGCAAAUGUGGCGCCUCUAAUAUGCUUAACGAGUUAAUAUUUCUUAUUUUACUUGGCAACUAGAGAUGACCUUUUCUCCCUUGCUUCUUUUCAGAGGUUUCCUCCCUACGCUUUGUCGAGAACACAAUGUCGGUGUGUCUCAGCUGUACAAAAAACGCCGCACAAUGGGCCCACGUGAUCUUCAGAGGGUGGCUAUAGAGGUUUGUGACUCGGUCCUGAACCAUAUAAGUCACAGAUUUUCAUUCACAAAGCACCUGAUCAGUGCUACACUGCUGACAGCAGACAAGUUCCCACAUUAUAUGGACAACUUCCCCGAAGAGGAACUGAAGACCACCGUAGAGGCCUACCCAAUGCUGAACAAAGCCAAGCUGAAGACUGAACUGGCUCUCAUCUACAGCCUGGAGGAGUUCAGGAGCUGCAGUGGUGCAGUGGCUCUGCACCAGCUCUUCAUGGGGAACAACCUGCAGGACACCUUCUCAGAAACCGUGACCCUGCUGAAGAUUCUGAUCACGACUCCGAUGACCACGUCUGAAUCUGAGAGGUGCUUCUCMACCAUAAAUAGGAUCAAGACUUUCCUCAGGAACACGGUGUCACAGGACCGUCUCAAUGCACUGGCCAUGCUCUCGAUAGAGCAGAAUCUUGUCAAAAACAUCCCUGACUUUAAUCACAGAGUCAUCGAGCAAUUUGCUUCUCUGGAGGACCGAAAGGCAAAAUUCAUGUAUAAAAAAUGAAACACUACCUGCCAUGAUGCUGCUUUUUUUUAUUGAUUGUAUUGUUUUUGUUUGUUUAUUAAAUACAAGGUGUACACCAGUUUCAGUUUUCGGUCGAUCACUGAU